CAGCUGAUGAAAUGUCUACAUGGUUUCAGUUUAUCUCGGUACAAAAAUUAGAACAAAGAUCUAGAUAUACGGUGAAAUGGUUUUGUGCUUUAAAUAAAACUUAAACAUGAAUAAGACUAAAAAAACAGAAGAUUUUGAUUGUGACCUUGAUAAGAACACAGAGGUCAAAACAGCAACUAGUAACCAUGACAACUCCUCUGAGGUGAAACUUCCAAGGAGAAAGUCAUCAGUAUGGGUUCUAGUGAAGAAAAAGAUGAGUGUGACCGAGAAAGGGGCAACGCCCAUUCAGUGGAAAAUGGUCAUUUUAGUAUUUAUUUCACUGUUCGGCAGUGCAUUCAGUCUGACAUUCCUGUUCCCAUUUUUACCUGAAAUGGUUUUGUGGUUUGGUUAUGAAGAAGAAGAGAAGGGCUACUAUGCUGGAUUGAUAGCCUCAGCUGUGUUUCUUGGAAGGGCAGUAGGAAGCUAUUUUUGGGGAUGGCUGUCAGACAAGUUUGGAAGAAGACCAAUAAUUCUGAUUACAGUUUUUCUGAAUGGAUUUUUUUCGUUAGCGUUUGGAUUUACAUUUAACUUCCCUAUGGCCAUGAUCACCAGAUUUCUCACAGGAUUAGCUAAUGGAACUGUGGGUACAGCUAAAACAGUGAUAUAUGAGAUUUGUGACAACACUAACCAAGCUGUUGGCAUGUCAAUAUUAUCCAUGGCAUGGGGGGCAGGGCUUAUUUUAGGUCCAACUUUUGGAGGUUUACUGGCAGAUCCAGUUACGAGUUAUCCAUCAGUGUUUGGUGGAUCAGAGUUUCUGGAGGAAUUUCCAUACCUGUUGCCAGGGUUACUUGUAUUUAUAGUAUGCACAUUAGUGACUAUUGUGGAAUUCUUUUUAUUGGAAGAAACUUUACAUAGCAAAAGAGGAGAUAUAGAACUCACUAUAGAAGAAAGAAAAUUAAAUAGUGUUGAUAUUAAUCCAGAUGAAGAUAUUACAAUCUUAGUUGAUGAUGAGGAGGAUAAAAAAUCAAUACAAAGUUUUUCUAGUCGGAAAAUGCCAAAAAUAUCUAUGUCUGUUGAAAAUCUUCAUUUAGAGAAUGAAGCUGCUUAUUUUCACGCUCAGUAUAGUGCUCUUUCCAAAGAGUCUCUGAACAGAGACAGCAAACAUUUAAAUGAAACAGAUUCACUUACUGAAGAACAAGAACACAGCACACUGCUACAAGACAGUGGUCUUAAAAGUAGGAUAACCAAUGGACAUUCAGGUUCUUCUUUUGUGAAGCGAACUAAUUCUGUGAAUGGUUCAUGCCGUUCUGAUUCCACUCGAUCUUUAAAUGGUUCUGCCCAUUUUAGUUCUAAAAAUAGCAUCCAAUCAUCUCCAAAGAAAAGCUGUAAUGGACAUGACAUAGUUGAAUUUUCAGUGAAAGAAAUUACAGAUAAAAAGACAAGAAAUGUUUGUGUAAGAUGCUGUAAAGUGAUUGGAGAAAUGUCUUUAUUUAGACUUUUAAGCCAAUCAGAUAUCAGACAUCCAGUAUUAUUGUACACAAUAUUUUCCUUUGCUGUGAUUGGUUAUGAAGAAAUUUUUACAGUUUGGUGCUCAACAGAUCCUAUGUUAGAUGGUUUGGGUUUUAACCCAGGAGAAAUAGGAACUGUUCUUGGUUUGUCAGCAGUACCACUUCUGUUACUUAAUGCAUAUGUUUUUCCAUGGUGUGCUCGAAGGUUUGGAAUUAAAAAGACUUUCCUUGGAGGCUCUUUGAUAAUGAUGGUUCUAACAGCAAUACAACCAGUAGCACAUUUAUUACAUGACAGACCCUCAGCAUUAUGGGCCACUUUGUUAGUUAUCAUCCUGCCAUUAAAGGUAGCUGUAAGUUGUUGUUUCACUGCUACAGCUAUAUUUAUAAACAAUUCUGUAAAGCCUAGUGAGGCAGGAGCAGUCAAUGGUAUUGCCAUGACAGCCACAGCUAUAGGAAGGACUUUGGCACCAACAGUAGGAGGAAGUUUAUUUGCCUGGUCCAUCAGCUAUGGUGCCAAACAUCUUGGUCCACCAUUUGAUGUCAGUCUUUCCUUCUUUUUCAUGUCUCUGUGUUGUUUUAUAACCAUUGUAAGUGCUGUUACCUUACCAGAAAGACUAACAAGACAAAAGAAAUAAGAAGAUAAAAAAAAAGCUGUACAGGAUAUUGGUAUUUUGAAGAAAACAGGAAGAUUUGUAGUAAAAUAGGGGAAGAAUAUUCUAACGUGAGAGGGAUUUUUAAAGACUUUGUACCAUUAAAACUAAAAGAUCAUAAAAAAGACAACAAUACAAAAAUUAUGAUAACAGGAAUUCCUAGAAUAUAUUUGAAAAUCAAGCAAUAUUGUUCACAUUAAAUUUUUUGUUGGCAAUAGAUGUAUUUUUGCUUUUUUGUGUUUAGUUGAAUUGUCUGUUACAUGUGUUAAUGACCAUAUAUCUGUCUCUAAAUAACCUUCUGCCAUCAUGUAACAAUGACUUAAAUUAUGAUGCCAAUUGUUUUUAUUUUUGAUUCAACAUUUUACAGGAACAUAUAUGACUAUCAGUAAUGGCCUUCAAACUAGAAUAUAUAAGUAUGAAUAGGUCUUAUUGUUUUCAAU